CUACGCUGAACGUAUGACUUCUUCAUACUGUUUGUAACACUGCCUGCAACUCCAGUGGCCUUUAAUGAAUUAAUAGGACUUACUGUCACGUCGACAAGGGACCUUGAAGAUUCUUUUCAGCUGAUGACACCCCUUCGAAACCAACUCGUUUAAGGUUUACAGCCACAGCUGUAAGCUUGCUUAUUAGGGGGUACGCUCGGUAGUCCUCAAAAUGAGCGCCGAUGCUGAGGCGGCAGCUGAGAGCAGAUAUGAAGUUCGGGAAGUUAUUGGAAAAGGAGCCUUUGGUGAAGUCAAUCUCGUAGUGGAGAAACAAUCGAAGCAGAGGUAUGUUCUCAAGCGCAUUAAGAUGGCUCGCCAGAGCGAAUGGCAACGGAAGGCUACGCGGCAGGAGAUUGAAAUUGUCUCUCGCUUGCGGCACCCCUUCAUCAUGCCAUACAAGGAGCACUGGAUACACCACGGUCACACCAUUAAUGUCGUGUAUGGCUACUGUGAGAAGGGCGACCUGUCAUCGGCCAUUACAAAGCAACGGGGCAAGCCCUUUCCCGAGGAGACGCUGCGGCUGUGGCUAGCUGAGUUGCUGCUGGCCGUGGAGUACAUGCACCGACAGAACGUGCUGCACAGGGACAUCAAAACCCCCAACAUCCUGCUGACCGGCGACGGCGACGUGCAGAUUGGCGACUUUGGUCUGGCCACCGUACGCGUGCACGGCGACGUGAUACAGCUGGACUUGGGCUCGAGCGGCGGCGCAGAUGACUCUUCGGACACGCGGCCGGACGCCUCAGGGUCUUCGGACAACAGCCAUGGCGGCUCCGCGGGCACUCCCGAGCGGCCGCACCCUGCACACCUGCAUGCCAACGCGCACCUGCCGCAGGCCGGCAACGACGGCGAUAAGGACCGCGAUAAGGACCAGGCCGGGGGGCACACGCCCGUUCACGAUAAGGUUGGCACCCGCAACGACUACGCGCUAGUGGGCACCCCGCACUUCAUGAGUCCGGAGCUGCUUUCGAGCCAAAAGUACUCAUACGAGACUGACAUCUGGUCGCUGGGUGUUGUGAUGUACGAGCUGACCACCCUCAAGCCGCCCUUCAACGCCUUCAACCUGGCGGGCCUUGUGGCCAAGAUCAAGCGAGCCGCGCUGCCGCCCAUCCCGACCACCUACUCUGCUGACUGGGCCUCGGUCCUCAAGAGCAUGCUACGCAAGGACCCCACCCGCCGCGCUGGUGCUCUGGAGAUCCUCACCAUGCCCUCCAUGCAGCCCGCCCUCCAGCAAGCGCGACAGCGCGCCCUGGUCAUCGCACCAGACACCGUCUUUCCGGACAUUCCCUACUCCGAGCCCUCACCCGCGCCCAGCGAGGGCGGCUUCUGCUUUGACGUGCCUGGCGGUGCGGCGGCAUCCCACCGCACGCCCUCUGCAGGCGGUGGCAUGUCCACCACGCCCGUCCUGGUCUGCCCGGAUGAGGGCGGGAGCCUGAAGGCCGAGACCAGCAGCGAGGGAGCGGAGGCCUCGCCCAUGCCCAAGUUUCCUGACCUGGAGUCCGAGCCCUCGGGCGCAUCCGCCAAGGCCCCGAGCUCUAACGUCACGCCCAGGCGCGCACGCGCUAAUACCGUACCUAACGUCCACCUAGCUGGUGCGGGUGCGGGUGCUGGGGCUGCAGCGGCUCACGAGGGCUGUCGCGCGAAGACGCCUGUGGGGUCCCGGAGGACUGCGGCGACGACCGCGACACCGACGGCAGCGGCCAAGCGUCACCCCACGCCGCAGGCCGCGGGUGCCGGAACCGCACGUAGCCGGACGCCGGCGCGGGCUGCGGAGGACGCAACCGCACCCACACACACCCCGGGCCGCAUGGUUCGUAAGGCGUCAUUGCCUCGGACACGGCCGAUCGCCACGCCGUCAGCGACGGCGACUCCGGCGCCGUCGGUUCCGGCAACGCCGCGUGACGAGGCCUCUGUUGCUGCAGGGCAUGGGCACGCGGCUGCGGCUCCUGAGAGGCCCGUUAGCCGCCUCCGGACAGAGUCACUUACUGGCGGAGCUUCACGCCACCCUACUCCGCUCAGCGCUCGCUGCACCAGCAGCAGCCGGCGGGCUACUACCGACUCGACACCCUCUCCAACCGGCGCCACCGCAGCGGCGGCCGGAGCAGCUCCCAUACCUCUCCUUGUAUCCCCCAUUGCCGUACCCUCGCCUGUCACCACCCCCAAUGGCGACACGGACGCGGAAGCGGUCACCCCUGACGCCCACGCCGCAGCUGGUGUCGCUGGUAAGUUUGGCAGCGCGCCUCCCACCGCUACUGCCACCACACCCACCAGCGGCCCCCGCGCUCAUCACAAACUGCCCCCAGGCGGCACCGCAGCCUCCACCGCAGCUUCCUCUGGUCGCACUCGGGACUCCUCCGCGUGCCGUACCACCCGCGCUAGUUCCUUCUCAAGCGCUCGUCCCACACGUACGGGUUCCGGCGCCUCUGCGGCUUCACCGGGUGGUGUUGCUGCUGGUGUCGCCGCCGCUAGUCCCACCUCGGCUCGGCGCACGUCCGCUGCCACGACUGCUGCUGCAACCACUGCGGACUGUCCCGGCACGGGUGCCGGAGGAGCCUCGGGGCGCUCCAUGUCUGCGAAUCCCAUCACCCGCCGGCGGUCGCAGCCCGGUAACGCUCUCAGCAAGGAGUCCAGCAGAGAGGGCUCCGAGGGUGCUGCGCUAUCGACGCGGCCGACACCAGAAAGGCGUGUACGGCGGACGUCCUAUGUGUCGCACAACAAGCCUAGCGGCUCGGACGUGGCGCACCGGAAACCGGCCGGCGUGCCAUUGCCAGCCUCGCCUGCUCCGGCGGCGGCCACGACGUCGGUCAAGGCGCGUAGCCCGCGAGCGGCAGCAGCACCUGCUGCUGCUGCUGAGUCGUCUGUUGAGCACAUCGGCCUUUUGGCCUCUCACCCCAUCGUGGACUCUGAUACCGGAAACGGCAGCUCCACGGGUACCUCGGCCGUUGCCUCCGCUAUCACCUCGGCCGUUACCUCGGCCGGCGGAAGCUCCUCCUGCACUGAAUCCGUGCCUGUCGUACCGCCUUCUGGAGAGCCCUCGGCAGCAACCGUUGACCUUCCCGCCAUUGCUUCGGAGGCUUCAAAGCUGUCGGUCUGCAGCGCGGCGUCUGUGGACGCGUCACGUGCAGCAGUGGCAGGAAGGGCAGUGGCAGAGCGGCCGGGGAUUCCGCUGCCGCCGAUGGGGGCUUCGCCUCCCGUCUCCGGCGGUGGUGCGGCGGGCUCGGUCUUCAACCACUCGUGGAUGUCAGCGCCGCGCUCUCAGUGCUCGCUGAUGUCGGUGACAACCGAGGAUUCCGAACUAUCGAUCCCGGAUGGAAGAUACGCCACCCCCGAGGGCUCCACCGGUGGCGGCCUGCUAGACGGCGAGGCCAGCUCGGGCGUGGGAGCGCAGCCGGGAGCCGUGCCGCUCUGGAACAGCAACCAGCUCUACUCGGGCAGCUACGGCAGCUUUGGCGGCGCCAUGAGCGAGUCUGCCGCAGCCGCGGCUGCAGCCGCCGGGGCGGCGGGCGCCAGCCUGGGCGGCGCCCGUUCUUCGGAGCUAGGAGGACUCGCCUCGGCAAGCCCCUCGGGCACGCUUACAGUCGACCUGCCGCGCCGCGUGUCUAUCUCUGUGUUUGCGCCGGCCUUGGGCGCCGGGAACAACAUCAACAACGGCAGCGCUGCCGGGCCAGAUGCCCCCGCUGCGUCUUCGCCUAGUGCCGCCGCUCCUAGUGUUCUCCAACAUCCUGACGAUGACCGUAAGCAGCAUGCUGCGAGUGAAGAGCCAGAGGGCAAGGCAUCCCCACACAGCAGCAGCGCGGGCGGCGCGGCAGGUGAUGAGGCAACGACUGCAUCGGAGCAAGCACGUGGCAGCGUUUCCGUAGCAGAUGCGGAUGAAGUCGCCUCUUCAUCGCUAUCUGGCGGCGGUGACCUGGGCGGCGAGUUGGGCACCCUUAGCGAAAGCGUGUCCACAGGGGCAGCCUCCUCACCCUCCGCUUCCUCACCCUCCGUUUUUGGCCCUUCCCCGGCCGGCAGCCCCAGCAACCCAGCUGCCGCAGGUGCCACUGCGGCUGCCACUGCUGCUGCUGCCAACGCAGCCGCAGCAGCAACUCGACGACGACAAACUCAGGACCGAAUCUCCCCCCGCAGCACAUCCUCUUCCCAAGUGCCGCAGCUGCGCUCCGCUCGAAGUCUGGACGCCCGUGGCAGCAGCGGUGGCAGCGCCGCACAGGGCUUGUCUCCGCGCCUCUCCCCACGCAUUUCGCCACGCACCGCCCUGCUUGCGGAGCCCUCCUCAGGUGGCUGCUCUAUGGCUUCGACCGCUAGCGCUCAGCGCUCGUUCGCCGGCUUCGUCAUCCACCAGCCCCCCAGUCCCUCUGGCUGGCGCAUCGGCGCCAACGGCUCGCCGAUGUCCAUGGCGGAAUCCGCGGGCUCCUCCACAGACGCCACCUCCCCGCUCCGCCCUGUCGCCGAAGGCGAGGAGGGGUUGCUACGUGACGAGGAGGCACAGUCCGCUCCACCACCUGCCGUUGCUGCCGCCGCUGACGGAGCCAUGGGGGUGGCGGGCAGUCGCGCGGAGCGGCUCCGAAACCACGCGGUGUACUCGCUGAGCUCCUCGGAACGUGAGCAGUUGGUUUUGUUGCAGCGUGUGGUGGGCAUUGCGAGCUCGCUGUGGGAGGCGGGUCGGCACGAGGAGCUGGGGGCGGUGCUGUCCUCCACACUCAGUCGGUCGCUGGUGCGUAGCGCCUCGGCAGCUGCAGCUGCAGUGGCGGUGGUGUUUGCUGACGUGGAGGAGCACCCGCAGUCGGGGUCGACGUUGCCGGAGCUGGGCGACACGGUGCGGGUUUUGGUUGGGCCGCUGCGAGGAGUGGAGGCGGUGGUGCGCUACCGGGGGCCUUGCCACUGGGGCGCAGGCGUGGUGGUGGGCGUAGAGUUGCCGCCGGGUACAACGGAGAAUGCGGACGCGAGCCUGCCCACCGGCGUCCGAGACGGGGUGACGUACUUUCGCUGCCAGAGCGCCGCUCACCGGGCAGCAUUCCUGCCGCUGGACCAUGUUGCGUUGCUUGGCUAGGAUCAUGAGCAGUCAUGCCAGUCAUGAGCUGGGAUGACCCAUGGGUCGGGGCUUUAAGUAAUACACUUGGUUGGGUCGCGCGGAUAGGUCAGGUGGUGCUGAUCUCUGGGUGUGUUGUGGAGGUAAGGUAUGGCGCAGGGUGGGGAGGUAGCGAGAAGGCGGCUGCUGUGGGCUACUAGGCAGGAUCGUUAGCAGCAUCGCUGCAGGUAUGUGACCUUGACUUUAGCAAUAGAGCUGUUGAAUGGGGUUGCCUCCUGGGCAGCUCUGGUAACUUGGCAAAGGUUGGCAGGGCGCAGGACGACCGCGAUGUAAGCUGUGUUGCUGCGGGGCGUGGAGGGGUUGUGUCGACGGAGUAGAGAGGAUAGGGUAGGAUAUGCAUGUACGGUGUACUAAAUUACAAAGCCGAUCCGAGGUAUUCCUCGACGAGGGAGUUACCAAACCAUGGUAGAGACACAGAUAAUGCGGAUGCGCUCGCGAAAGGGCAAGGCAAACAGUACCGGUACCUUUAUGAUGUUCCAUGGACGUUUAUAUCCACGGUGUGACUUCUAUUCUAUGGAAUGCCAUAUGCGUGUGAAGACGGCCCUGGGGUUGUUAGGGGCUGUGGCCCCUAUGCCAUGAGGGACAUGAGUCGGGCUGUGAGCCUGUGACGUGCCGUGACGGUGCUUUAUUGCGGAUAUCGGGUCGCAAGAUGUCGUUCAUGCGCUAAUUGCAAUAAAUUCCAAUUGCGACGCAUGACUGGGAUACUGGUGCCGAUCUGGUGUGUAUCCAUGUAAUUGUAUGACUAGGGUUAGCUGUGGGUUUGGUGUGGUAAGCGGCAUGCCAUAUCAGAUGACCAGGAGUCAUGUAAGGCCCACUGUUGUCCUGCGCACGAUUCAGCAAUACAUGUCUGGC